UCGCACGAUAUUCGUGCCUACAACGGCUUUUUGCCCAGUAGGGUUUUAAGGGGUCUCGGCGAAAAAUCUGAUCUUCGAAAAUGGCAUUGGCGACGAGACUGAAUCGUAUCCUUAAGCAGCAUCAGAGUACUGUCUCAGUUCUCCCAUUUCGAAACCCGAAUCAAGGGCUCUUCCUUGCCCAUGGCGAGAAUCUCAGUCCUCACGUUUCACAAGUUCCGGCUCUUCUAUCCUCCACUCGCUCUUUCCUCGAUUUCUAUAAGCUUGGGAACAAGAAAGCCAUUGAAGAAGAACGUGCUAGACUUAAGGAUGAGAUGACUCGCGGGUACUUCAUGGAUAUGAAAGAAUAUGGCAUACAUGGUGGUAAGGUAGCAGCAGCAAAUAAGACUCUAAUUCCUGCUGUGGCAGCGAUGAAAUUCCCGGUAUUAGCAGUGACUUACCCGAGUGGCAAAACUUUCAAGUUGCCUGUUACGUCAAACAGCAAUGAAGUUCAAACAGAAAGCUCAACUGUUCCUAAAGCAUCACUAGUGUGCCUAUCUUUUCGAGCAAGCUCUAAGGAUAUGAUCGACUCUUGGAGGACACCAUUUCUUGAAUCAUUCAGCAAUUCAAAAGAUGUUCACUUUUAUGAGGUUUCAUUUAUUGACAAAUGGCUGCUGUGCUUGAGCCCUGUCAAAUAUCUGCUUCUCCGUGUCUUGCGAAACCCAAAGAACAACGAGAGCACUGCUCUCCAGACGCAGAAUGCUUAUUCAUUUGGCAACCAUUAUUACUUUAGGAAACAACUUAGAAUUCUGAACCUUCUCACUGGGUAUGUUUUCUUACUUGACAAAUGUGGGAGAAUAAGAUGGCAAGGUGUCGGAAAACCGACCCCGGAGGAAGUAUCUUCUCUUCUCUCUUGCACGUCACUUCUUCUGGAAGCUCAGUGAGAGAAUAAGCUCUUGAUGUUGAGACACCAUAGACGCCAGAGUUCAAGAAUUUCUUAAGGUCUGUCUGCUCUCUCUCUGGAUGACGUUGGACAAUAAGAGAUCACACUCUAUUCAGUGCUUUAUGCCUUCUCUCUCACAAACCCACCAUCCAUCCAGAGGUUUUCUCCAUUUUCUAGCCUGUGCUCUCCUCUCUCUCUCUCUCUCUCUCUCUCUCUCGUUUUUGGAUUCUUCUGGUCUAGUGUGAUGGUUUAAGACAGCAUAUCAAGUAAUAGAGAACCACUCUCCUCCCAAGUUUAUGUCUUCGAACACUUGUAAUAAAAAAAAAAAUCUAUGCGAUGGGGCAGACAGAGAGUUCAGUUGAAGAAGAACCACGUAUCUGUUCUUGUGGUGUUUAUAUGAAGAUAUAAGAUAAUAUCUCCCCUCUUUUGGACAUUA